AUGGAUUUGAAAGAAACAGAUAGAUAUCUCCGCCAGCCACGAAUUAACUACGAAGAAAAUCUUUACAAGCGAAUGGAUGAUUUUCGUCGGCAGGAGAUAUUGUGCGACACAAUUCUUCAAGUGGACGGGCAAGAAUUUCCAGCCCACAAAAACGUCCUAGCGGCAUGUAGCGAGUAUUUCCUUGGUUUGUUUACAUCCGACAUGAAAGAAAAACAUCAACUUGAAGUCAAACUCGAAGGAUUUCGAGCCUUUGUGAUGAAUGAUCUGCUUCAUUACAUAUACACGGGAGAAGUUGAAAUAACCGAUGAGAAUGUCAAAGAACUGGUUUUCGCUGCUGAUUACCUGUUAAUAACAAGCUUAAAGGAUAAAGGGAGUGAGUACUUAGAAGGAAUUUUAAAUCCUUCAAAUUGUCUGUCAAUGAGAGCGUUUUCAGAGAAAUUUGACUGUGAAGAACUCAUGGACAAGUCUGAGAGCUUUAUUCUUGAGAACUUCGUGGCUGUUUCGAAAUCGGAGGAAUUCCUGCAUCUUUGCCUCUCUGAGAUUGAGAAGCUUAUCACUUUAGACGACGUUAUUGUGGAGACGGAGGAACAGGUGUACGAAGCGGUCGUUUCGUGGGUCAAACAUGACGUGAAUAACAGGAGAGAGAAUUUCCCGCGGUUGCUCUCUCAGGUUCGCUUGGGUUGCAUGUCAAAAUAUUACAUAGCAGAAUAUGUUGAAAAUGAAGAACUGGUAACCAAUAACCUUGAGUGCACCAAGCUUCUUUACGAAGCCAUGAAGUCAUAUGCAUUACAUGGACCUCAGCGUCAGCCAAUCAGGGAUAUCUGCAAGACGCGGAAAUGUUUGGAUUCCAAUGUAGAUGCCAUCAUUACGAUCUGGGGACCUGGAGACGAAUUGCGUUCCUCAACUCAGUGUUACGUGCCUUCUGUCAAUCAGUGGUACAAUUUGGCGCCAAUGUUAAUCCCGCGCUUCAGUCACGGCGCUGUGGCAUGCGAGGGGUUUAUUUUCACAGUGGGAGGAGUCUCCCUGAAUGGGCAUCUGUCAAGCAUGGAGAGAUAUGACUACAGGUAGGUUAUUGUCAGGUAUUAAUCGUUAUUUACCCACAGUGGGAGUGAUGCAGUGGCCCGUUGUGUAACGGAAAUGAAUCCAGGAGGUCUGAAUGUGAGCCAUGGCCGGUUCAAUCCAGCGUACUGUUUUAAAAACCCGAGAAGAUGUCGGGGGGUGGGGGGCUGGGGUAAGUUUUAGUCACUUUGAGAAGCUAAGCUACUCGUUGUAAAGAUAAUUUUGAUGCUUCUUUACAUGUGAUUUUCACAGAACUAACACAUGGGCAGGAGUAGCACCGAUGGCUAAGGAAAUCUCUGCUCUUGGUGUGGCUGAACUAAAUGGUUCUUUAUACGCAGUAGGUGGCUGGCAUAGAGGAAGACCGCUAAACACUGUUUUGAGGUAAUCGAAAAUGUUGUGUUUUGUAAUCAGGAUAUUGAUUAUUGUUGGCCAGGUCAUGUGUAAAGAAUGUUGUGCUCCUAUGAAAGACUGAGGUAAAAAGAGAUCAUUUCUUUUUUGAAGGUACUAUCCGAACUCGAACAUCUGGGAAGCGGUCGCCCCAAUGACAUCAAACAGAGGUGGUCCAUGCGUAGUAUCUGAUAAAUACCUUUACGCCAUCGGUGGAAAAACAGAAAACGAUAAUGCCAAUGACCCGUUCAAGUACCUGAGCACGGUUGAAAAAUAUGAUCCCAGAACAAACACCUGGACCAUGACCACACCCAUGCAGGUCCGUAGAGCAUACGCAUGCGGAGUAGCUGUUGGAGGAAACCUUUACGUAGUAGGGGGAACCCAAGAUGAUUUGUACUCGUCGCACAGCUCUUGUGAGGCUUUUGACAUAGAGAAUAACACCUGGACAUACAUAGCUAAUCUGUGCAUAUCAAGAGCGCUGGCAGGGAUAGCUUUCGUAGGAAAUCAUAUCUACGUCCUCGGAGGAAAGAAAAAUUCCCGCGAAAGAACAGACAAAGUAGAAUUUUACGAUAUCGAUCUUGACGUGUGGAAGGUUGUAGGGUCGGUACCUAACUGUAUGGGUGGGAUACAGUGCUCAGCUGUUUCUCUUUCCACCCAAUUUCUCAACUCUCUGACAAAGAUUACUUAAAUUUUUUUUUUUCCUUAUCAGUACAUGAAAGAUUGACAGGCUUUCGUUUGAACGUCACAAUGUCCCAAUUCAUCUCUAAUUUUCGAACUUCUUUUUGAGAUUAACCCUUUUCUAUAGCUGCUGCACGAGUGAUCCGUCAAACAAUCGCAUGGCCCCCGCGGGAACAAAAUUUCUAUGUGCCUAAUUAAACGCGCAGUGCAUACGAAGGCGUGAGCAUAACGUUGGAUUCAAUUUCUAUGAGCUGUUGAUUUUGAGGACUGAACGACUUAGCAGUUUGUACUUGUCGUUGUUUUGAACUUGGAGCCUUAGUCCUUUUCGUGAAAAAUUCGAACAUUUUGGCAAAAGAUUUUUCGAAACUUUAAAAACUUAGCAGAAUGAUUUCCCUUUAUGUAUGGGCCUCAAAUAUAAUUAGCACAGGAUGAUUGUAAUUACCGUGAUUAUAGAAGAAGUUAGAUAUUAUUGUUAAGCUGAGAAAUCUGUAUAUAAGAGCAUAUAUGUACAUA